AUGUUUACAAGCGAAAAAUCUCUUUCUUCUUCUCUCUCUACAGACUCCUCCUUUCUCACCGACAAAUCCGCCAAGAUCUUCGUCGCCGGCCACCGCGGCCUAGUCGGCUCCGCCAUCGUCCGCAAACUGGUUUCCCUCAACUUCACUAACCUCAUCCUCCGCUCUCACGCCGAGCUCGAUCUCACUCGCCAAUCCGAUGUAGACGCCUUCUUCGCCGCCGAGAAGCCGGAUUACGUCAUCCUUUCCGCCGCCAAAGUCGGCGGCAUCCACGCCAACAACACUUACCCCGCCGAUUUCAUCGCAAUCAACCUCCAAAUCCAGACCAACGUCAUCGAAUCCUCGUUCCGUCACGGCGUUAAGAAACUCCUCUUCCUCGGCUCCUCGUGCAUUUACCCUAAGUUCGCUCCGCAACCGAUCCCCGAAUCAGCGCUGUUGACCGGCCCGUUAGAACCGACUAAUGAGUGGUACGCCGUGGCGAAAAUCGCUGGAAUUAAAAUGUGCCAAGCUUAUCGGAUUCAAUAUCAUUUCGACGCGAUUUCGGGUAUGCCUACGAACUUGUAUGGACCGAACGAUAAUUUUCAUCCCGAAAAUUCUCACGUGUUGCCCGCACUGAUGCGGAGAUUUCAUGAAGCUAAAGUUAAAGGAGCGAAAGAAGUGGUGGUAUGGGGAAGUGGGAGUCCGUUGAGGGAGUUUUUGCACGUGGAUGAUUUGGCAGACGCGUGUGUGUAUUUGAUGGAGAAUUAUGGGGGAUUGGAACAUGUGAAUGUGGGGAGUGGGAAGGAGGUGACUAUUAAGGAGUUGGCGGAGCUGGUGAAGGAGGUGGUGGGGUUUCAGGGCGAGCUUGUGUGGGAUACUUCGAAGCCGGAUGGGACGCCGAGGAAGUUGAUGGAUAGUUCGAAGCUUGCGGAGGUGGGCUGGAGGCCAAAGAUUGAGCUUAGAGAUGGACUUGUUGAUACUUAUAAGUGGUACUUGGAGAAUGUCAGGCAAUGAUAGUGGUGGUCAUUCAUUUGGAUUCAGGUUAUUUCUGAUGAAUGUGUUGCUUAAUUUAUUAGCAUUGGAAUAAAAAUUAUUGAGGUGUGCUAUUAUGGUUCUGUGAUUCAUUAUUGAAUUGUUGUAGAACAAGUUGAAUACUUGUUGCUAUUGUAAUUUAAAUUAUUCAAUCACAAUUGCUGAGUUGAGUUGGAGGCCCUAAAUUGAGCUUAAAGGUGGCCUUGUUGAUACUUAUUAUUGGCACUUGGAGAUUGUCAAGCAAAGAUGAUCAUUUAUUCAGAUUCAGUCUAUUUUUCAGCCGAAUGUGUUGCUUUGCUUAUUUGUUCUUAUUGGCGUUGGAAUAGUAGUUUUUUAGUUGUGCUACUAUGGUUUUUUGUAUUCUUGAUUGAGAUGUUGUAGAACAAGUCGGAUACAUCUUGCCAUUUAAUUGAAAUUAAUCACAGAAAUUUGAGUUUUUGUUAA